CCCGGCCGCCGGCCGCUCCCGGAGAGUCGCGCGUUCCCCCGGUUGUGGAUGGGAACUGGGCGGGGGUUUCUCUCUGGCGGGGGGCGGGGGGGGCGCGUGAGAACCGGGCGCUGAGACAUGGACAGCCGCUUGCAGGAGAUCCGGGAGCGCCAGAAGCUACGGCGACAGCUCCUCGCGCAGCAGUUGGGAGCGGAAAGUGCUGACAGCAUUGGCGCUGUGUUAAAUAGCAAAGAUGAGCAGAGAGAGAUUGCUGAGACGAGAGAAACUUGCAGGGCAUCCUAUGAUACCUCUGCUCCAAAUGCAAAACGUAGGUAUCAAGAUGAAGGAGAGACAGAUGAAGAUAAAAUGGAAGAAUAUAAGGAUGAACUUGAAAUGCAACAGGAGGAAGAGAAUUUGCCAUAUGAAGAAGAGAUUUACAAAGAUUCAAGUACUUUUCUUAAGGGAACACAGAGUUUAAACCCCCACAAUGAUUACUGCCAACAUUUUGUAGACACUGGACAUAGACCUCAGAAUUUCAUCAGGGACGUAGGUUUGGCUGACAGAUUUGAAGAAUACCCUAAACUGAGAGAGCUCAUCAGGCUGAAAGAUGAGUUGAUAGCUAAAUCUAACACUCCUCCUAUGUACUUACAGGCAGAUAUAGAAGCUUUUGACAUCAGAGAACUGACACCUAAAUUUGAUGUGAUUCUUCUGGAACCCCCACUAGAAGAGUAUUACAGAGAGACUGGCAUCACUGCUAAUGAAAAAUGCUGGACUUGGGAUGAUAUCAUGAAGCUAGAAAUUGAUGAGAUUGCAGCACCCCGAUCUUUCAUUUUUCUCUGGUGUGGUUCCGGGGAGGGACUGGACCUUGGAAGAGUGUGUUUACGCAAGUGGGGUUACAGGAGAUGUGAAGAUAUCUGUUGGAUUAAAACUAACAAAAACAACCCUGGAAAGACUAAGACGUUAGAUCCGAAGGCUGUCUUCCAGAGAACAAAGGAACACUGCCUUAUGGGCAUCAAAGGGACGGUGAAGCGGAGCACGGAUGGCGAUUUCAUUCACGCGAAUGUGGACAUUGACUUGAUUAUCACGGAAGAACCAGAAAUUGGCAACAUAGAAAAACCUGUGGAAAUUUUUCAUAUCAUUGAACAUUUUUGUCUCGGGAGAAGACGUCUUCAUCUGUUUGGAAGAGACAGUACCAUUCGACCAGGCUGGCUCACCGUGGGACCGACGCUGACCAACAGCAACUACAACGCGGAGACGUACGCGUCGUACUUCAGCGCGCCCAACUCCUACCUGACGGGCUGCACGGAGGAGAUCGAGCGGCUCCGACCCAAGUCGCCCCCUCCCAAGUCCAAGUCGGACCGGGGCGGCGGCGCGCCCAGGGGCGGCGGGCGCGGGGGCACGUCGGCGGGCCGCGGGCGCGAGCGGAACCGCUCCAACUUCCGCGGGGAGCGGGGCGGCUUCCGGGGGGGCCGCGGGGGCGCGCACCGGGGGGGCUUCCCGCGGUAGGGCCCGCACCCCGCCUGCACUUUGCUUCGUUGCUCCAAGAGGCUCGCCCGGCCGCCCCCACAAGCCUGGGGGGGCGGGGGGAUGGACGAGUCCUGCAGCCUUUCGUCCCCCGCGGGUCACUCACGGGGGUCUCUUGGGUCUCAGACACGCUGGUGCUGCCAGUCCCCGUGGGAAACUGGCUCGGGUCCCGCAAGCAGCCUGGAGUCGGGGCAGAAGGGACGUUUCUGCCCGGUGCUCUAAAACUCAAACUCUUUCUUUUCUCUUUCUCUCUCUCUUCUCUUUCUCUCUCUCUCUCACUCUCUCUCUCGAACAUUUGACCUUAAACUGAUAUUUGGGUGCAGAAUAAACAGCCCAGCCCGGAGGUGGUGCUCCUAGGGCCCGUGGUGGAUGCUCGCCUGUAGCCAGGGGACAGACUUUAAAAGGGGGGGUGGGGGGGAGGUGGAGGAAGCCAGUCUCCAUCUCAGUCUCUACUUAAUCGUGCUUCCGAAGAGGCGAACGCUGACAAAUAUCCAAGUGCAAGAACUUCGGUGUGGGCAUCACCUUGGAUCGACCGUCCAAGAAGUUUUCUUUUUCUUCGCGAAAUAAAAGCCAGGCAGCCGCCGAGACACCCGGUCCUCAGGGGGUGUGGCGGAAGACAGUCCUUGGAGAUGAGAUGGCAUGCAGCUUUAAACACAAGGAACGCAGGUUUAAGAAAUUCCCACGGUGACAUUUCAAAGUGGGAUCUGCGGGCCGCCUUUUACUGAGGCCAUCGGGGCGGUGUUUGUAAGGAGCUGGCUUUGCAGAUCAGUAUCUGAGUCUGCUGUUAACUUCUCUUUCUUUAUUGCAACUCAUGUCUGAAAUGAAUUUGAUGAAUGAAAUGCCAUUACUGUUCUUGAUAAAUAUAUAUUUUUAAUUUGUGUAUGAUUUUUGUACUGAAAUGUUAGAACUCUGAAAUGUGGAAGUCUGUUCUCCGCCCGGGAAUUACCAUUGUAAUCAACUGAAAAAAAGACUGAUUUAAGAUCAGACUCACUUUUUGGCCUGUGAGACAAUUUAGUGGUUGAUCUGUGCUUCUCACAGGCUCCUAUGAACACCUCCAAGAAGCUCUUGUACCCACUAGGACUUCGUUUGAAGAACUGAAUUGCAGAAAUAGAAUUGAGACCCUUAAAAUACGAUGACUUGCUCAAGCACCAUUAGGCUUGGGUUAAUCUGUGCCAUUUGUAGCAUGUUCAUGCUUUUCUGAUGUAUCAUUGCUGCCAUUUGUGUCCAUUACCACUUGAGCCAUUGGAAACGUGUCUGGCUGGCCGUGGCUGAUUACCAUGUGCUGUGCAUGCCAAGCCCUGGGGAAGUGGGGGUUCCAGCAGGUGGGGUCUGGCUUGGCUUGGUAGCCGGGUCACGCCCCCAGAGUUACCUAGGAAGCACCGCUGAUUCUGAGUUGCGUAGAAGAGCUCCCUGUUCUGAGUCGUUAGCUCGCAAGGUGGACACUUCAGCUCCCCUCGCCUGCAUACCCUAAAGCCGAGCAUGCCAGGCCUUCGCUUCCUCUUCAGCUCACGGGGUGCCUGUGGCAUUCCUGGCAUUCUCUGUGCUGCCCAUGACAGAUCUGUCAUGGCUCGUACUCGGAAUUCCUUUGCAUGUUUUAAAAAUCCUUCGCUUCUUAGUUGCUAAAUCACAACAUUCUGAUGAAUGACAGCACCUUACUUUGUCUCUAAACUGUUGUUCUGGGGCCAGAGCUGGCUGUGCUCAGGGCUUGCUCCUGGUCGGGCUUAGAGGACCGUAUGGGGUGCUGGGAUCCAGCCCGGCCCAGGCAUGUGCAAGGCAAAUCUCUCCACCCCCACAGCAACUUAUUUUUAAGCUGGUACUGUUUUCUUCCUGGACUUAGGCACAUACAAAGUGGUCUUAGAAGUACAGACCCAGAUUUUUGCUCAUUUGUUAAUUCUUUAUUAUAAUUUGAAAAAGUGAUGACUUAGUUGAGACCCAUUCAAAAUGGUAGUUUUGACCUAAGUAUUUAGUUUUUUGUGAGCUAUUAAAAACAUAAACCAUUACUUGCAAGAAAGGCCUCUCAGCCCAAAAGCAUCUUUGUGUCCAUGUGAGACUUUUAGCAUCAUCCUCUCUUGAUGUUGGACUUCAGGAAUUUAGCUGUAGCCUGGGUCUCAAGCAAAUAUAAUUGGUUUUGAAACUACAAUCUUGGCUAUCCAAGGGGAUCAAAUGUUUGUCCAACGGAACCCACUAAAGAUUCUGUUUCUAGUGAAGCCACAUUGUUCCUGGUUUUAAGACCUCCAUUAUUUGUUCAUAAACUUUGCUAGUUGCCACAGAGAAAUCUACCUCAUUUAAUCUAGAAUAUUCUCUUGGUAUUGGAGAGAAAUGUUCAGUUUGAGUAUGUGUUUCUGCCUCUGUACUGGAGAUGUUGAUAAGGAGUUAAAUGCAGUAAGGUGGGUUUUUUACAAGAAUACUUCCAAAUAAUUGGGGAUAUAGAGGUCAACGAUGUGAAACACAGGCACAAAGCAUAUAAUGCUAAUCAGCAAAACAUCUAUGCAAUUUGUUUUAUAGUAAAUGACUUAACUUUUUUCAUUGAAUUUUAUGUAAAAAUUAAACAAGAAUAUUUGUUUUCAGUUCCUUUCUCCCAUUUAUCAUCUGUACCUUAUCAAUUUUGAUGCACUCCUGAACAAAGAUUCAACCUUUUGUGAAUAAUGUAUUCUAGAACCAGAGGAACAUGGCAUUGUUGCUUAAACUGUAUAUUCUACCUCUGUAACCUUGAACAGCACUUCUUUCGCUCUGUGGCCCAUAGCAAAUGGGGAAACUGCAUCUAUGGUAAGAACUGACAGUUUGCUUUUCUCUUAACACCUUUGACAACUUUAACCCUUUGUGGCAAUAUCAUUGUUUGCAUAGGCCCAGUCAAAUGGGAUAUCUUACUGAGAGAUGACAGAACCGAACAUUUGUCAUAUUGGCUUGACUUAAGCUUCAGUUGCUCUAAGACUGACCAUAAAUCCUAACACCCCCAAAUCUGGAGGACAUCGGAUGGACCCCAGGGUGGGCUUUCUGAUACUCUCAGUAAGACAUGCGAGAGCCCAAGAGCUCAAAAAGCACAUUAGUAUGAGGGCAAAGACUUAAAGAGACGGCCACUAAUCAGAAGAGAAUGGCAGAAGUGGAGCCGCUGUCGCCCUCACGACCUGGAGGAAGGACCCUCUGGGGUUAGGCAAACCGAAACAGACUGGCCUGAGGCCUGCAGUAGGAAAAUGUGACCAAAUGCUUCCUGGGAAAAGCCACCUUGCUCUAACUAAAUUUAAAGUUCAAAGUUAUUAUCCCAGGUCUUACUGUGCCUAUGCAAAAUAAGUCGCUUUUACUAAAGACAAAUAAUCUGUUAUGUUAAUUGUAGAGGUGGAGAGAAAAACCAUGCUUCAUGGUUUUGGUGGAAAAACCAUAUUCUUGGUCCACGGAGGUAUAAUAAAACUUCCAGAGAAUUCAGAGAAAAUCAGCCACUCCCUGUAAAGCAGGCCAGGGGGUUGGUUCUCGGAACCUAGGCUCAGUUCAAAGUUGUUGGUUUUUUUUGUUUUUGUUUUUGUUUUUUUUUUUGCUUUUUGGGUCACACCUGGCUAUGCACAGGGGUUAUUCCUGGCUCUGCACUCAGGAAUUACUCCUGGUGGUGCUCAGGGGACCAUAUGGGAUGCUGGGAAUUGAACCCGGGUUGACCGAGUGCAAGGCAAGCGCCAUACCAGCUGUGCUAUUACUCCAGCCCCAGUUCAAAGUUAUUUUAAUUGGGGUCUUGCUAAUCUGUAAUUGUUUUGCCAGAAAGGACCCCCUCAAAAAGGGCAAGAAUAACUUCUCAUAACCUCUAGCUCUUGCGCCUGUCACCCAAUAUUUCUGAAAAGCUAUCUAUGCCCUUGUCCUACCCUCUAAGCAACGUGACAAGGGGAACAGGCAGGGCAAGCUCAGAAAAUGACCCUUAAAAAAGGGACUCAUCAGUAUGAAAUGUCACAAGGGGGACCUAGGUGAUGCUUGAUAAUCUGAUGACCUAAACCCAUCUGGAGAAUCUGUAUGACCACACCAGAAGUUAGUCAUCCUCGCAUCCUCUCCUCUAUUUUAGUGGCCGUUCGGCCAUAGAAGGGCCCUCUAUACUGAGAAUACAGUUAGCCUUUGACCUCCAAGUAUUAUACUCAUCCCCCAGACAUUAGGUCAUUUCUGUGUAGUCUGUGUGUACUAUGCUUGGAAGGGGACACUCUUUGUGAAUGAGCCUAGACCUAUUUUCAACCCAUAAAGAAAGCCUCCCAAUACUGGGGCAGGCUUAACACUUGCUUUCAUGGGAAAUACUUGGACUUGGCUCACUUGGGUCCUGCCCUUCUUGGUUCCUUGGCGGAACUCUGCUUGUCAUAGCUGAUAGGACCUGGCCUUAUAAUCUUCAUGUCAGGUUUAUUUCUCUAGGCUUGAGUCGUCACACUACAGAUGAUGACUCAUGUGGAACCUUGGGUAGCAGGCAACUGAGGCUUGGCAUUGCCCACCUCCAGGCCUCCCUGUUCCUAAGACUCCCCGACUGCACAGGGCCCCCAUGUGACACCCCCAAAGUCAGCACAAAGAAGCCAGGUAGACCCAACACCCUAUUUCCUGACUGCAAUUAGGGCUUCAUCUCUGAGAGGGGGGAAUGAAAAACGAAGCCCCCGUUUACCUUGCCAGCUGCUGUGAGCAGUCCUGCUUUUGGCUGCUCCAUCCGACAUUUUUGACUUCCUGCGAAUUCCUGGGCGUUUCUGAUAAACAAUUGUCCGUCAUAAAGUCCAGCCCCAGAGCUUAGGCUCACAGGGAGACUAAGAUACUGGACAAUACCCAGCCCGACCACCCUAUAGAUUCCUGCGUUCUUUGAUACUUGUCGACUGAUAGGAAAUGCAAAGGGCUUUUAAAAGGCCAACACAAAACUUUUCACUUAGUCCUAUACUAAGUUUCUCCCCACAUGUGGAGUUUCUUUCCCUUUCUUUUACUUUCCAAUAAACUUUUCUACUUUCCAA